AUGAAGCCCGCCCUGCAGCUCGUUCCGUACGAUCCGGUGGGAUCUGGCGCCGGAAUCACCGGCUUCAACGGCGGCACCUACCUGAUCGCCAUCUCCGACGACCCCAUGUCCUCCACGCAGGAGGCCAGCGCUCCCCCCAAGAUCACCGUGCCGCUCUGCGUCUCCACCUUCAGCUUCUUCGUCAACGGCAAGGCCGGCGUCACGCUGACGGCGGCGCAGACGUACGCGAUCUACAGCGGCGCCACGACCGCGUGGUCGGGCGUUCCCGGCGCGGCCGGCAAGGUUGCGGGCGCCAUCACCCCCAUGGCGCGCAACGGCAAGUCUGGCAGUACCGCGAUCGUGAAGACCCUGCUCACCAAGGUGGAGGGCACGCAUUCCAUGUGCGACGCCGUGCUCAAGACCAAGGGCGCCAUUGGCUACGCGUUCACCGGCGGCUGCAGCGUCGUUCCGAACAAGCGCGUGGUCGCUGCUCUCAAGAACGCCAAUGGCCUGGCAGUCGCGCCUCCGUCAAGGAACCCUGCGCUUGCCAUCCCCACCACCCCUCCCGCCGCGCCCGACGCGUCGUUGGCGAGUGUGGACUUUAUCUGGAAAGCCGGAGCCAAGACGCCUCCCAUGGUGUCCAUGGAGUUUGCUUUCAUCAAGAAGUCGCUCUCUGGCGCAACCGGGAGAAUUUCCAGGGCGUUCAUGCAGUUCAUGGUCGGCAAGGUGUCCAAGGGUGCGUAUGGGUUCAAGGCGGUGCCUCCUGCUUGGCUGAACCCGUCCGUGACCAUGGUUAACAAGAUUGUUGUUGGCGCGUAG